AUUUCGAGUUGUUUUAUUGAAUUGAAUACAACCAUAAUGAAAGUUUUAAUAAUUUCCUUGCUUCUCGUAGCGUCAUUGGCGUGUAUAGAAGGUAUAAGAAAUGGAGAACCAUGGCUGGAAGCUCCUUAUAUGGCUCGUAUUCAAUACAGCACUCCAGCCGGUCAAGGAGGUGGAGUGAUUUUCUCACAACGUCACAUCCUUACAUCUGGUUUUGUUGUCAAUCCAACAUUCACUGCAUUUACUGCUUGGGUUGGAAGUACUUCACGUGGAAGCCAACGAAUGGUUGCAGUGCAAACUCGUUUAAGACAUCCCAACUACCAAUUAACUCCUAGACUGAACGACAUUGGAAUUGUAACACUCACCGCUGACCUCGUUUUCGAUGACUUCGUUUGGCCAAUCCGACUACCAAUCAUGAACCAAAUACUUCCAUAUGAUAACCAACAAGGGACUGCUUUGGGUUUUGGUGGAGUUCCCGGUGGAGUUCAACCAUCAGAACAACUUCAAGCUGCUUUUUUGAGAAUUUCACCACCAACAGCAUGCAAUACUCGAUUCCCACAACAUACAAUAGCACAACAAUUUUGUGGAGAAGAUUCUCGUUUAAGGUCAGAAGUUUGUAACGACGAUCUUGGUGGUCCUUUCAUUGUUCUUGAUCGUGGAAGAGAAGUAUUGGUUGGAUUGAUUUCUGAUCAUUUCUGCAUUGCUGCUCAACCUUCUCAACCAGCACUUUUCACAAGAGUAUCUGCCUUUAGAGCUUGGAUUAAUCAAAUGACACUUGUAUAAAGAUUUCAUUGAAAUAAAGAAAAGGUU